AUGGCUAGUAACAAGCAGCUGGAAGACAAGCGUGCAGGUGCAGAGAUUGUUUACGGCCCCGAAGAUUGCUACCGCCACUCUAUUGACCUCCUGGAAGAGCUAGGGUUUCCCAAAGGUGUCCUGCCCCUGCAGGACCUUGUGGAGUGUGGGAGGGUGAGAGAAACUGGGUUUGUGUGGAUGAAGCAAAAGCAGCCAUAUGAGCACUUCUUUGUUGGGUCCAAUACACGUGUCAGCUAUGCCACUGAGGUGACUGGUUAUGUGGAGAAGUUGAAGAUGAAGAAGAUGACUGGGAUUAAGAGCAAGCAGGUUUUUCUUUGGGUCCCAAUUUCCGAGAUGAGCAUUGACGACCCGGCAAGCAAGAAGAUUGUCUUCAAGACCCCAGUGGGGAUUGGAAAGUCUUUUCCAAUCACAGCUUUCAUGACUGAAGAGGAGAAGCAGAAGCAUUUGGAGAAAGUGAAUGAAUAG